AUGGCGGUUUGUGCUGGUGCCUACAAUCUCCUUCACAACCACAACCAGUUGAUGUGCGGCGGCAAGCAAAGGGAAUAUUGGAUUAGGGGCCCUCUGUUAGGAGAAGGGAGCUAUGGCCGUGUUUACAAGGCCACUCUCAUUAACUCAUCAUCCUCUCUCAUAGCCGUGAAAACAUCUCUUUCAGAAACACUCCGCAAAGAGUUUGAGAUUUUGGUUCAUCUCUACGACUGCCCUCACGUGAUCCGGUGCCUCGGCUACCACACCACACAAGAAUAUUACGAGGGCCGUUUAUUGGUUUCUAAUAAUCUGCUUUUGGAGUAUGCAUCCGGCGGUUCUCUCCUCGACAGGAUUGAGAAAUCUGGAGGCCGAUUGCCCGAAAUGGAAGUGAGGGCCCACACCAAGUCCAUCCUGAGAGGUCUCCGUCACAUUCACGGCCUCGGUUUUGUGCACUGCGAUUUGAAGCCCGAAAACGUGCUGCUCGUGGCCGAAAACAACGGAAACUUGACGGCCAAAAUAAGUGAUUUUGGGCUUUCGAAAGAGAGGGGGACGGUACCUUAUGUGUGUGGUACGCGUGCGUAUUUGUCGCCUGAGGCCAAGUUGUAUGGGACGCAAGAGGAGCCUUCUGAUGUGUGGGCCCUCGGUUGUGUCGUGCUCGAGAUGUUGGUGGGCCCGGAUAAUGCGUGGGGAGGGGCAAAAGAGGAAAUUCUUGCGUUGAUUAUUGGCCGAAAGAUGAUUUCAGAGGAUGCAGGGGAUUUUCUCAAGUGUUGUUUCACGAGUGAUCCGGAUCGAAGGCCCACUGCCAAAUCCCUCUUGCUGCAUUCCUUUGUCGACGACUACGCCAAACAUCUGUUUUCGUCGGCUAACGCAAGCGUUGAAGAUGCUGAAUAUGGGUUUAGUUUCCAUUUCGAUUUUGAUGAUGACAAUUAA